AAAGGGGCAUUUACAAUUACAAAAGAUGCCUUUAGCAUGCUAAGUCGUGGCUCAGGUGUGAGCAAAUUGUUCAGCACGCAGACAAAGGAACAAGGUCAGCGUUCAGAAGAUUCCUCCCCCUCUUUGCGCCAACAGCCCAUGAAGCAGUCACACUCCCAGCAAUCCUUUGAUAGUGCCAUCUUGGAUGGCAGCUUGCCUGAUGAAAGUCUUUCUGUUGACAGUGAUUUCAGCGACAACUUUGUUGUUCUCAUGGACUCAGAAUCAGGGAUGGAGUCGAUGCGUCCCAACAAUACACCUGUGGGCAGUCGAGGCAGCCCGGCCCCGGGGACAGAAGGAGGCUCAUCAGCUGAUCUUAGCAGCUCCCUCUCGCAAAGUACUGAGGACAUGUCUCAGGACAUGUCUUCAGUGUUGUUACUGAUCCUGAGUGGAACAGCUUGUACCAUGGAGGCACAAGGUGAAGACCAAGUCAUGGCGUUCCAAGCACAGAAUCUGGCCAAUGUGGAGUUGGGCAACGUCAAGCAGUCAGACCUUCUAGCUGGACAAUUACAAGGUGAACCGAUUCAGAGGCAGGACGGGCAGACGAACAGGGACACACCUGCACUGUGCAUGCGGGCAGAAAUGGGCCCAUCUGCAGCUCAGCGCUCUGCUCUGGCCGAGUCGCUGGGCUUUCUGGACGUGAGGGUGCAAAACUGCCAGGCAGACCUGUUAGCCUCAACGGUGGCUAACAUUGGUCCUUUCCUUGAAGAUGAAUUUAGUGUUGAUGGACAGCCAAUGAGGCUACAAGUGUGUAAUGUCACCAUUACUAUGAAGGACGAUGGCCCCAGGAUCUACCCUACAUCCCCCCAACCCGUCCCGGCCAAAUUUGUUAUCGAUCAGCUAGUCCUUGAGCGAGGUGAUGAUGGCUUUAUGAGAAUAAAAGCUGAAGGUGCAGACUCUAAAUCCUCAGCAGAUGUUCCUGUGGUUGGCUGUAAUAACCCUAACAGCUACAACCAUGUCCAACAGCAGUGUGACAGACAAACCUUGGAGUCCCGGCUUUGUGAUGCACAGGCUGCCCUCAACCAGGCCCUCGAGGAGAGAGAGCGCCUCCUUGUGGAAGUCAGGAAGUACAACCCCACGUUUACUCUCUGAGCGUCUUUGUGGUUGACUUCUGAAUCUGGAUGUGUCAGGCUGAACGUGAGGAAUCAGCUAAGCUUAUUCAAAGCAUUUGUGGAAUAUUAACCUGAAAUUGGAAGAUGAAUCUGAACCAUGACUUUGGAUCUCUUCCAAUUUUGUUCACACUAUUUAUGAGAUUUAAAAAGAUCCUCUGUAUUUGGUACUAAAAGGGGAACUGUAAUUUAACUCUAUUAUAGGUAAAUUAAUGGUACUAUUUUUUAAAUCUGGCAGUCUAGAUAUUCCUCACUUCUGUGCAAAAUGCUCAUUUUCUCCAGUUUAUUUCUCAUCCAGAUUAGUGUUUAGUGGAAAGUCAUCAGUGUAAAACAUAGCAUGCACCUCUCCACCUGGGUUACUUGUGCUAUGGAAAUACUUGGUGAAGCACAAAACCCCUUUUCACAUGCACAGACACUGCCAGAAAGCUGCUAGUCCACCGGUCACUUCUACUACAAGUCUUAUUUUCAAGCAUGCUUAAUGAUCAGUGCUUGUUUACUAGAGGCACAUCCACAAAUCUACAGUCAGAGUU